UCGGGGGCCAUGCUGCUGCUCAAGCGACAGCUCAGCCUGGACGCGCUGUGGCAGGAGCUGCUGGUGUCCAGCACGGUGGGAGCGGCCGCCGUCUCGGCGCUGGCCGGCGGGGCCCUCAACGGCGUCUUCGGCCGCCGCGCCGCCAUCCUCCUGGCCAGUGCCCUCUUCACUGCAGGCUCCGCGGUGCUGGCCGCGGCGAACAACAAGGAGACGCUGCUCGUCGGCCGCCUGGUCGUGGGGCUCGGCAUCGGCAUUGCUUCUAUGACGGUGCCAGUGUAUAUCGCUGAGGUCUCACCACCCAAUUUAAGAGGCCGGUUAGUCACUAUCAAUACCCUCUUCAUCACGGGAGGGCAGUUCUUUGCAAGUGUUGUUGACGGAGCCUUCAGUUAUCUCCAAAAGGAUGGAUGGAGGUACAUGUUGGGACUCGCAGCAAUUCCAGCAGUUAUACAGUUUUUUGGCUUUCUCUUUUUGCCUGAAAGUCCAAGAUGGCUUAUUCAGAAAGGACAGACUCAGAAGGCCCGUAGAAUUUUAUCUCAGAUGCGUGGUAACCAGACCAUCGAUGAGGAAUAUGAUAGCAUCAAAAACAACAUUGAAGAAGAGGAAAAAGAGGUUGGCUCAGCUGGACCUGUGAUCUGCAGAAUGCUGAGUUAUCCCCCAACUCGCCGAGCUUUAAUUGUGGGUUGUGGCCUACAAAUGUUCCAACAGCUCUCAGGCAUUAACACCAUCAUGUACUACAGUGCCACCAUCCUGCAGAUGUCAGGUGUUGAAGAUGAUAGACUUGCAAUAUGGCUGGCUUCAGUCACAGCCUUCACAAACUUCAUUUUCACACUCGUGGGAGUCUGGCUUGUUGAGAAAGUGGGCCGCAGAAAGCUUACCUUUGGUAGUCUAGCAGGUACCACGGUAGCACUCAUUAUUCUUGCCUUGGGAUUUCUGCUGUCAGCCCAGGUUUCCCCACGCAUCACUUUUAAACCAGUAGCUCCAUCAGGUCAGAAUGCUACAUGCACGAGAUACAGUUACUGUAAUGAAUGUAUGUUGGAUCCAGACUGCGGUUUCUGCUACAAGAUGAAUAAAACAGCUGUCAUUGACUCCUCCUGUAUUCCAGUUAAUAAAGCAUCUACAAAUGAGGCAGCCUGGGGCAGGUGUGAAAAUGAAACCAAGUUCAAAACAGAAGAAGUAUUUUGGGCUUACAAUUUCUGCCCUACUCCGUACUCCUGGACUGCACUUCUGGGCCUUAUUUUAUAUCUUGUUUUCUUUGCACCUGGAAUGGGACCAAUGCCUUGGACUGUGAAUUCUGAGAUAUAUCCCCUUUGGGCAAGAAGUACAGGAAAUGCAUGUUCAUCUGGAAUAAACUGGAUUUUCAAUGUUCUGGUAUCAUUGACAUUUUUACACACAGCAGAGUAUCUUACAUACUAUGGCGCCUUCUUCCUCUAUGCCGGCUUUGCUGCUGUGGGACUCCUUUUCAUCUACGGCUGUCUUCCCGAGACCAAAGGGAAAAAGUUAGAGGAAAUUGAAUCACUCUUUGACAACAGGCUUUGUACAUGUGGCACUUCAGAUUCUGAUGAUGGGAGAUAUAUCGAAUAUAUUCGGGUGAAGGGAAGUAACUAUCAUCUUUCUGACAAUGAUGCUUCUGAUGUGGAAUAAUGUUCAGCUGCUGAUAUAUUUAGUUAUUUAAACAAACUUGGGGGAGAAGAACCGUGAUUGGUGACCUCACUGCCCUGCUUCUAAUCUGGUUCUUUCUACAGUCUAGUUUUGAGUGACUUCAUAAUCUUGAAUACUUGAUUAGGAGGAAGAUACAACCGUGAUGACAUUUUUCUUUCACAAGCAGAAAUGUAAAAACAAAAAUAUUUACAGAGAUUUUAAUCUAAUAAUUCUUGAACACGUGUGUAAUUCCUUCCUGAGAUAGUCUAAAAUGAACAUUGUACCCAGUGACUUCAGUGAUACCCUUUUCCCCUAAGACCAUAUAAUAAUUAUUAGUGGCAAUAGAGUCAGUGCUAAUCUAACCAAAUUAAUAUGUAUGAUAUAUUUAUAAAGGACUCUGGGAGAUGGUCCAAAGGUGUUUAUGUCCAAACAUGGCCUGUUGGCCCUAAAUUUUCCUAAGGAGUAGUGGCUUUUCUGUGAUCAGCUGUUAGCAAGUAAAUUCCAUUUAAGCUUUCAUCAACAAAUUCAAAAGUACCUCCUACAAGGGCACAUCUGUCCUUUUCUCCUUUGGAUUCCACAUUUUGGUUUCUCUCUUCAAUUCAGACAAUGGGAAUUCUUCAGAGACUGAUUCUGCACAGGAUCUUUUUGAACAUUAUAAAAAGCAGGUCUUUCAAGAGUUAUUUUUCAUAUAUGUUUUUUGCAUCAGUGAUAAGUAUAUAUUUACAUGGAUACGAUAGCAAGUUUUGAUAAGUAUAUUUUAUUGUCAGAAUGUAAAAAGAAAAUUUUUAGGGAUCCCUGAUUGGUUAGUCACUUAGGUAUGCAAUUGUAAAUGAAAAAUAGUGCUGGAACUUUAUUUCAGGGUCAGUUUUUGUUCGUGCCCAAAUCAUCACACUUUCACUCAUUGACUCUGGAGUCCUACUAUUUUCUGCCUUCAUUUGUGUUAUAUAAAUAGCUGCUAGCAGACUAUUUUCCCCUUUCUUUUAAUCAAACAAUAAUUUUUGAAAUAAAGAGAGGAAGGAAAUCAGUGGCAGAAAUAAUUCUGCUGUUAUUGAUGUUGGUUUAAUUAAAAUAGUGGGACUUACUUUUUCUUAACUUUUUACUAAUUCUUCCUAAAGGAAUUGUCACAUUUUAUUACUUAAUUGUACUUGUCUUUUUUUUUUUUUUUUACUGUAAGAGCAUAAACUAGUUUUUAUUUUGCACACCUUUCCUUCUUUUCCCUCACAGCUUACAAAAAUUACAUAAAUUUGUCUGUGUGUUCUUUUUUUCUCAUGCUUGGCUUGGAUUUUUUUCCUCCUUGUCUAAAAUUUGAGAUUUUCUAUUGGAACAGGUGAGUGCUUCUAAUAUAGCACGUGUCUAUAAGAAAUGUUGACUUAUUACAUUUCUGCAAUGUGUUUCCAAAGUGAUCAUUGGCUUUUAUGUUUAUUCAUCACUGAACUCUUAAUUUUUCCUCUUCUAUUGAGAACUAUGUAGUAUAUAUGAAAUUACUCACUCACAAAAUUACUUGCUAAUUCCAGUAAGAAUAUGAGUGAAUCUUCUGUGGCUGGUUAGAAAUGCACCGGUUUGAUCCAUUUUAGUAUGGCCCUAAACCACUAAUAAAGUACUAUAUUAGGAGUGAGAAGGUGGCUAUCUCCAAAUCAAUUUCUGCCAGUCUCCAAGAUGUUUUAUUAUUCUUUUAAAGUCUGGCUUGUUCCUCUCACAAUUACCAAGCUGAGAAUAUAGCCAAGGAAGUCCAUUCUCUAAGUCACCAGAGGUACAAUAUGUGCUUAACCAGUCACUUUAGUGCCCUAAAAAUCCUUCAACCAAAAAACAUUCUCCCUUUGAUCAUUUCAUAUAAUAAAAAAAAUUUAAUAUUUUAGAGUUUUUUCCUUGAAUUAGGUGCUUAGACAAUGAUUCUAAAGGGACAGUAAUAUUGACUUUCCCCAGAAAAGCAGAUAUGAUUUAGUAGAGAAAAUUAUUGUUUUAUUGAUAUUUCUUAUCCAAUAAGAAAUUUCUUAUCUAAGUAAUAUUUUACACAGGUAAAGUGAAGUGGAAAAUGAGCUACUGUGUGGUACAAUCAGAAUAUGAUGGAAAGAAAAUAUAUUUAGACAAAUAAAGUGCUCUCUUUAAUAAUUUAUUUUUUGAUUUAUCCAAAUAAUUGCUUCAAUUCUUUAUUGUAUACAUAGCCUUAACUAUAUACUUAUAUACUCAGAGGAGCUGAUGCACAGUAACUUUAUUAAAGAAGCACCAGACUCUUAUUAUUUUCUAAAACAAAACAUGGCCUUUUCUCUGACAUAAGAAAAUGAUGUUUUCAACUUUAUAUCCAUAAAUGCACAAACAGGGAAAAUUAGCCACAGUUCACUCCCCUGUUCCCCUCAACCCCUUCUUUAAAAGGACUAUUUGUUAUUUAUAUAGUGAUAAAGAUAACAUUCCAUGUCUUUUAAGUACAAGACAGAGAGUCACAGAUUAAGAUUUAUAACUUUUUAAAAACAAAUAACUACUUGAAAAGGAACCUUAUAUGAUAAGGGUAUUAUUUUUAGAUUUGGUGAACAUUUAUAGUAUAUUAAAAAUUAAAUGUUUGAAUUUUUCAAGUUUUUUUAAAUUACGCACCUUUUAGGUUCUCAGCGUCUUUGGGUGCCACUACCAAGUUGAAAACAUUCCAUUUGAAAUAUCAUCAAAUGUAUAUUUUGUAGGACAAUUUAUAUAUGGCAUGAGUUGACCUACCAUAUUAAAACAAACACAGAUUAAGCAUCAUGCUUUCAACUGAAAUUAUAGGUUUCCUUCUAAACAUGCUGCAAAUUCAAUAGAAGUAUGUUUUAUGAAAAUAUGGUUAAGAAGGUCCUAAUCCCUACUGAGGCUUAGCCAGAUGGCUGAUCUGCACUAGAAAGAGAGUAUAUUAGUUCAUCUGCAUAUAAACACAUAGGGCUGAACGUGAUGUCAAAAAGAUUUGGUGUUAAUAUUUUUCUUCAGUGUAAACAUUCUAGUUUUGAUUGUUGCACCUUAGUAAGUCAUUACUCAAAACAUGAUUAUUUUUAAUGUAUAUGUAGAAGAUCUAAAUUGAAACUAGAUUUAGUUCACUAGGUGACUCCCUCCCCAAAUAAAAGGCAGUGUUUCUGCUUGAACUUUUGUUACCAGCCAUAUGCAGUGGUCAGUUCCCUGACAGAAAAUGCUGAGAUGAGAAUAAUGCUACCAAGUGAUUUUUCAUAAUUGAAUUUUACCACUGAACCAGAUUUUAAUACAUAAGAAUCUAAAUAUUAUUUAAGUUAUUCACUCUUAACUGGGAAAUAAAACAAGGAAUUUAUUUUCAAUAUCUGUUAUACGGGGGAGAUAUCAGAAAUAUAUGUUGACAGCAUAUCCUUUUGCUUUUAAAUAGCAAAGUAAAAUUGAAAAUGUGUUAUAAUCCAUAGAACCUGGGGGGAGGGGAGUGUAAGGAUAUUUUAGAAAUCCCAAUCCACAUGUUAUCUAAGAAAGUCUCACAAUUUAAUGACACUAAUAUAGUUCAUAAAUACAUAAUACAAGUGGGGAGAGUUGGAGUAUUAUUUUUUAUUAUCACAAUAAUUAAGAAUAAAAUUAAUGAGAUGUUUUAUUAGAUUUUUUUUUUUUUUUACCAUUUUUCAUGUUAUAAAACAUCAAAUUAUACUAAGUACCUAACAACUGACUUUUAUUCAGUUGUGGUGACGUUUUUUCAAUUACCAAAUGCAGACCUUUUCACUAACUAGGAAUAAUAGAACUAGAUGACAUACUCGGCCAGGAGCAGAAAAUUCAUAAUAGGUAGUUUAGAGCAAAAUCUAUUAAAUUGUGGGUAAAAUUUACAGCUCAUAUGUAGCUGCUGAUUAUAAAAAGACACAGAAUAGUUCUCUGGAUUAAUUUUAAUGUCUUGUUUUCUGUCUCUUUCUAUUAAUUUUCGUAGCCUCAUGUACAAUAAUGUUAAAAGCUAACUUGAUGAAGUGGUUCAGGUUAUAGCAGUGUAUAAAUUGUCAGUACAUUUAGUUCUUGUAGGUGAGCAAUAUUGCUGCUAUUUUCUAGAAAUAGCAAUCAUUUUUAAAUGCCAGCCAGCUAACUGCUACCAACUCUUUUUUGUAUAUUGUCUCUUUAGAGAAAGAAAUUUUUGUGUGCCAGUAAUCAUCAGAGAGCAGUUUUGUAAGUGUUGAUGUUUAGAAGUACAUGCAAGUAUUUUAUCAACAUAAUUUGCUUGUGUGUAUAAAAUAUAAUUCCUUUAUAUGUAUUAAGUACAGUCCAUUGUACUUGAUUAAUUCGGUCAAUGGAAUUUUAAAUACUUUCAUUUGGCAGUAAUAAUCAGAAUUCUAUUUUAGAUGGUUAUGUUUAUGUGUUUGAUUUUGUCAUAUCAGUAUAAAUGAGAAAAAUAAAUGGACCAUGCAGCUAACCAGUACUUAAAAUUAAAAACCAAUAUUUUGCAAAGUUUAAGCAUUUUAGCAAAUUUAACAUCAUUCCAUCUCAUUUAAAGUUUAAAAAAGAUGAGAUUUAACUCUAGCCAAAGUAGAAAUUUAUAUUCUACAUGUCCAAACUGUUUCCUAGCAGCUUUUGGACUCGAUGUUAUAGUUAUCUUCUAUUUGUAAUCAAUGUUCAAAUUUCUAUUUAGAAGCUCUAAUGUAUAUCUAGAUUAAAUCAAAACACUAUUUUAUGCUUCUAAAAUAUAUGUAUUUCAAACUGUAUAUUUUAAUUUCUGAGUGCAUGUUAUAUAGUGUUUAAUACUUUACAUGUCUUGGUGAACUCAAUAUAAAUAUUUAUUCUCACAUGUGACAUAUGGGAUAUCUCUUAAUUAUGAAUAUGGACCAUUUCCUUCAGAGUCAUCCUAGCCUAUGCUGUAUCAAGAGUAUUGUAUAUUUUAUGGAGAUUUAGUGAUAUACAUGUAAAUGUUUUUUAAGUUAUUUUAUUGAAGUUCAAUCUUUACAUAAAAUUAUAAUCUUUUUUUUAAAAAAAAGUGUCAGUGCCAGAACUGUAAAUGAAGAUAAUCAAAUAAAAGUUACAAUAAUUCAUUACUUCAUUCCUUA